GUGAAUUGGUUAGGCUGCAGGAUCAAGAACAAAGUUUGCAGUCGAGGGUCCAGCAAGCCCAGAUACAAAGCCAACAUCGACACCUUCAAAGUGGCUCUGCUGCCACUGCUCAAUUAACAGCUGAGAAUCUUGCGCUGCUGCAACAACAAGUCGCUGCAGCAAGAGGAUUCACCUCAGGAGGACAGAGUGGAUUGGGUACUUACUAAAAAAUUGGAAUAUGAUCUGUUUUUAAUACUUCACAUGAUCAGAUUGGAUGCAGUUGACUUCAGGAUAACGCAAACCAUAUGUAUGCAGUCAGGAUAAGGUGUCAGUAUAUUUUUGUCUACUAAGAAUCCUCCAUUUAAAACAUGAUAUAGCACCUCCCACGACUACAACUACAUCGAAUACAUUCAGGUGCCAACACGACUAGCCAGCACCAUCAAUCUGUUGGCGGAGUUCCGGCAGUCCCGGUUGGAG